ACGAGAGAGAUACAGCUGUUUAUUUUGCUUGUUAGUCACUCAUUCAAAAGGUACGUAUCCAUAUUCAUGAAUUAAUAAGAGCGGUACACGGCGCGUGGGGGAGACGUCACCGCGCCCCCAUCACGUGACGAAAACAACUUCCGCCGGGUCCGCGCGCUCUCCCCAACGGCCAGCUGUGCGUUCCGUCCAAGAUUGGGGCCUGGGUCCACCCGGGAAAAGACGCUGGCGACCUGUUCGGCACCACCGGCGCCCGGGCGCAAGCACCGGGUCUGCAUGGUGUCUGACUUUUUCUACCCCAACAUGGGCGGCGUGGAGAGUCACAUCUACCAGCUGUCGCAGUGCCUGAUCGAGCGCGGUCACAAGGUGAUCGUGCUGAGCCACGCGUACGGCGAGCGGCGCGGCAUACGCUACCUGACGCACGGUCUGAAGGUGUACUACUUGCCGCUGCGGGUUAUGUACAACCAGUCGACGGCCACGACUCUCUUCCACAGCCUGCCGCUCGUGCGCUGCGUGCUGGUUCGCGAGCGCGUUGGCGUGGUGCACGCGCACAGCUCGUUCUCGGCGCUGGCGCACGACGCGCUCUGGCACGCGCGCACUCUGGGCCUGCGCACUGUCUUCACCGACCACUCGCUCUUCGGGUUCGCCGACCUCAGCUCGGUGCUGACCAACAAGCUGCUCACCGUCUCCCUGUGCGACACUAACCACGUUGUCUGCGUCUCCUAUACCAGCAAGGAGAACACCGUGCUGCGGGCCGCCCUCAGCCCCGACUGCGUCUCGGUCAUCCCCAACGCUGUGGAUCCCACCGACUUUAUCCCCGACCCCAGCCGGCCCGAACCGGGUACCGUCACUGUGGUGGUGGUCAGCAGGCUGGUGUACAGGAAAGGAAUUGAUUUACUUGCUGGGAUAAUUCCUGAACUGUGCCUUAAGCAUCCAGAUUUAAACUUUCUCAUUGGUGGUGAAGGACCUAAGCGGAUAGUGCUGGAGGAAGUUCGGGAAAAGUACCAGCUUCAUGACAGAGUACGACUUCUGGGUGCCUUGGAGCAUAAAGAUGUGCGAGAUGUUUUGGUCCAGGGUCACAUUUUUCUAAACACUUCUCUGACUGAAGCUUUUUGUAUGGCAAUAGUUGAAGGAGCAAGUUGUGGUCUUCAGGUUUAUGACCGAGUGGCCAAAGAAGGAGUGCUGCCAAUGAACCAACGACUGUACCGAUUAAUAACCCACUGUGGUCCUGUGGCUGGCUGCAUUUUUGCUUUAGUUGCUGUUUUGGACUUCUUUUUCUUGUUGGUCCUGAGGUGUUUAGUUCCAGAUGAUACAAUUGACAUUGCUGUCGAUGCUACAGGUGUGAAUGGAGCUUGGAAACAACAGGGACUUUCAACAAUUAUAAAACAUAAGAAAACUCCAUCUUAUACUGAAAGAGGCAAUCACAAAGUGCAAGUCUGAUGCUCUAUUGAAUUAAAAAAAAUUUAUAGCAGCUUUUGUAUGACAAAGCAUCAGCUUAUCUUAUUAUUGAAGUAGCCAUUAUAAACUUGAGUUGCAUAGAAAUAAAUCAGAUUUGAUGUGCAAUAUGAAUGAAAAAGUAAUUAAUAUUUCUUUAUUGAUAUAAUUGCUGCUUCCUUAAAGGUGUGAAGCUUUGAUUUUUUUUUUAUUUUGUACUAUUGAUCACUUACUUUCUGCCUGUUACACCACUGGUGCUUAAAGCGGCAUGCCAGAAUAGCUCUCUGAAUCAUUGAGGCACGCAAGCCUCCGAACCGCGACAAGGUAGUGGUCCUCUUGGAGGACUAUUGAUAAUGUGCUGUAAAAUAGAAAUAUUAUCGCUUGUAAUUCUGCAGAGUUGGUUUUGAAGAUACAGACCACUAAUUCAGUCAAUUAAUUUAAAGUAAACAGUAUGCCAGUAAAGUUGUAUCAUUGGAGAGGGUCCAGAGGAUGUUCAUGAGAAUGAUCCUGGGAAUGAAAGUGUUAACAUAUCAGAAGCUGUUUAUGGCACUGGACCUGUACGCGCUGGAGUUUAGAAGAAUGAGGGGAGGGAUUUUAUUAAAACCUAUUGAAUAUUGAAAUUGAGGUCGAGUGAAUGUGGAGAGGAUGCUUCCUAUAGUGGGGAAGUCUUGGACCAGAGGACACAGCCUCUGAAUACAAUGAUGUUCCUUUAGAACAGUGAUGAGGAGGAAUUUCUUUAGACAGAGGGUGAUGAGUCUGUGGAAUUUAUUGCCACGGACAGCUGAAGGGGCCAGAUCUCUGGGUAUGUUUAAAGCAGAGGUCGAUAGGUUAUUGAUUAACAGGACAUCAAAGGAUAUUGCUAAAAGGCAGGAGAAUGGAGUUGAGAAGGAUAAUCAACUGCCAUGAUGGAAUGGUGGAACACUCUCGGGUGGCCUUUUUCUGCUCCUAUGUCUAAUAGUCUUAUUUACAUUCAAGUUAUUGCAUAAUUCUGAUUUAUAGCACAAAUAAGAUCUUACAUGAUCAGGAUAAGAAUGCAUUUUCAUUUUUCAGAUUUUUUAAUUGUUACCAAUAUAUUAAUGUUGUUAAGCUUUUGUAUUAAAUUACUUGAGAUCAUUAUUCGGAGAUUUGAUCUGCAGUGCAUGGUCUUUUCCUAUAACGUCCAAGAAUUGGAAAUGUGCAGAAUUCAACAGAGGACCACAACAUGAAUGAGGAAGGGGAAAAUAGAAUAUGAGAGUAAUCUUAUCAAACAAACAAACAAAAAUAGUAAAAUUUCUAUGGUAAUGUAAGAAGGAAACAAUUAGAAAAACAUGUAGGUUGCAUACAGACUGAAAGAGAAAUUGUAUUGAGGGGGUAAGGUAUGCUCGAGAAGUUAAACAAAUAUUUUAUGUCUAUCUUCAUGGAUGCAUAAAAUCCCAGGAAUUGAUAAAGGAUAACUGGUUAAAAUGAAUGAGGAUCUGAAAGAAAGUGUUGUUAAAAAGAUGAAAACUUGUACCUUGGGUCUCUGUUCAACAACACCCUCAGGGACUCUGCUAUUCACUGUCUUUAGCCUGCCCUGGUUUAACUUCCCAAAAUAUAUCACUUUGCACUUGUCGAAGUUAACUUCAAUCUGCCAUUCCUUUGCCCACUUUCAUGAUUGAUCAAUAUCCUAUAGUAACUUUAAAUUAACUCUUACCUUUAAUUUACCUUUGUGUUUAUGUUAUUGAAGCCUUUUAAAUUCAAAUGCAACUAGUUUGCUCUUAUCAAUUCUGCUAGUUACGACCUCAAAAUAAAAUGAGAUUUGUCAAAGAUGACUUCCCUAUCAUAAAUCCAUGUUGACACUUGUCAGCCUAUUAUGUCCCAAGUGUUUUGUUUAAAUUUCCAUUAUAGUAAAUUCCAGCAUUUUCCAUUCCAUGUAUUUUGGGCAAAAUGUUCUGGGGUUUAUCAUUAGCUUUCUCCAUCUCUUAGGUAAUGAAGUUACUUCCAACCUGUGGGGAUUAUUGUGCCAUCUAUGGAUUUUUGGAACAAGAUGGGUAAUGAAUGUACUAUCUUCAUAUGCAUUCCAUUUAGAAGUCUUGGAUGCAGGUUAUCUGGUCCUGGGGAGUAUCAUCUUUCGAUCCCUUUAAUUUCUCCAGUGCUAAUAGUUUUCUAAUGCUAACUGAAUCACCAUUUCUAGAUAUUACUUAAACAUUCAUUUUCAACUCUAUUACUGAUUUGGUUUGUAUUGCCUGUAUCUAAUUGAGGUACUUCACUGACAUGUACCUCUGAUUUAUAUAUACAGUGAAUUGAUUGCUACUUUGGAGUUUGUGUGCAACAGCCAUCAAGAUUUCCACCUCUUUUUGUUGUGAGGUGUCUGUGGGAGAGAAGGCAGAUUGUUUGAACUCGUAUAUAAACCCUGUCAUGGAAAAAUCCCAAGAAUGGUGCCAAUGUUAUGGAAACAUUCAGAACCCAUUUAUAAUUACCCCCACCUCACUAUACAUCACAGCUCUGCCUUUGCUUCCUCCACAAUCAACUAUUCUGGCUCAUCUGAUAUGCCAAGAUCUCCAUAAACUUCAGGACAACUAAAACCACUGCUGUGAACUAACUUGGAUUGUCAGAUUUAGGCAUUACCCUACUUCUAACUGGAGUAACAAGCAAAAUUUGGAGUGAAAAAUUAUUAUUAUUCCCUUUCCAAUAUCUCAUAAAUGUUAUAAUCCUCUGAGAUAUGUACUCCUGUAGUCGUGUUUUUUUGAUUCUGAAUUUACUUUUAUCACCUCCAGCCUCUGUGAUCUCAGCAUAUAUUCACUCUCCCUUCUUCCUA